AUGGUCAAAGAUACGACUUACUAUGACAUUCUCGGUGUCGAACCUUCGGCAACGGAGGCCGAAUUAAAAAAAGCUUAUCGUAAGCAAGCCAUCAAGCUCCAUCCAGACAAGAAUGGGAAUGAUCCCGGCGCAGCCGCUAAGUUUCAAGAAUUGGGAGAAGCGUACGGAAUUUUGCUGAAUGCUGAUCUGAGAGCCUUAUACGAUGAGCUCGGAGUUGAUGGAAUGAAAAACAAUCAGGUGGCCGAGCAAGCGGCCGACAUUGAUCCAAGUGAGUUUUUCAAGAUGAUCUUUGGUGGCGACAGUUUCGUGGACUGGAUCGGAGAGUUGUCUAUGUUGACAGACAUGGCUGAUACGGCAGAAGUGUUGGAUGAUGAAGCAGAGACGUCAUCUGAACAGCCUACUAAUGUCACCGAUGUCGCUCACAAUAACCAAAACCUGACUGUGGGAGCAUCUAACUCGAGUACACCAUACACGGAUAUGAGCAACGAAGUGGAAAAGAAAAAGAAAUCCAAGAUGACACACGAAAAGAGAGAAAAGCUUUUGCAACUUCAGGAGGAACAGAAACGCACUAAACAAAAACGGAUCGAAAAGUUAGUCGAGAACUUGCUUCUGAGAAUCGAGCUGUACGUUGCCGCAUCAUCCAACCCAGACGCAUUGCUGCUGUACAGAUCAAAGCUUCAAAAAGAGCUCGAAGACUUAAAGAUAGAGUCAUUUGGUAUUCAAAUCUUGCACUUGAUUGGUAAGACCUAUGUUGAACAAGCAAAUGCGGCUAUACAUGCUUCCAAGACUUUUGGUGUCUCGAAAAUAUUCACGUCGAUGAAAACCAAAACUAGCAGAAUGAAGUCAGGAUUUCUGAUUUUGAAGGCCGCUUUGGAUGCAAAAGCUGCUGCUGAAGUGAUGAUGAAGGAGCAAGCUGCCAUGGAGCAAUCUGGCCAUGAGCUAAGCGACGCCGAAAAGUACAAGUUGAUGGAAAACGAGAGAUUGAUCACAGGCAAGUUUUUGGCUGCAGCCUGGGCAUCAACUAAAUUCGAAAUCACAGGUGUUUUGAACAAAGUCACGCACGCAGUCUUGUUUGACAAGUCCUUGCAUAAGAAGGAAAGACUCGAAAGGGCUUAUGCUGUUCUAUUUAUUGGUAACGAAUUGUUGGGCCACGCAGCGUUCUCCGGAGGAAGACGAAGAGGCUCGGAUAUUUGA